AUCUCGUGAAAAGUUUGCGGUCACCCACGUACGCACGGCUCAUCCAGCAACCGACGCCCAUGACUCCAGUUUCCGUUCCGUUCCCCUUCUAUCUCCUCUUCUUCCCUGGCAGAGCCAAGUCCUCCCCAUCUCUUGCGGCAGAAGCAAAGCGAGGCGGCGAGAUGGACGGCGGCGGCGGCGAGGAUGGGAAGCAGCAGCCGCACCUGGUGCUAGCGCACAAGCUGUUCCUCCUCUCGCAGCCGGACCUGGACGACCUCGCCAAGGUCGGCCUCCGCGACGACGUCCUCGCCGCAGUAAAAUCCGAUGACAUGGCGGCGCUGUACGAGUCGCUGGGGGCCAGCGGCGUGCUGGAGACGGACGCGGCGCUGCUCGCGGAGAUGCGCGGCAGGAUCGAGGAGGAGACCCGGAAGUUCGACGAGAAGAUCGCCGAUGCUGAAGAGAACUUGGGUGAGAGUGAAGUGCGGGAAGCCCAUCUAGCCAAAUCCUUGUAUUUCAUCAGAGUUGGGGAGAAGGAAAAGGCACUGGAGCAGCUUAAAAUUACUGAGGGAAAAACUGUAGCUGUUGGGCAAAAGAUGGACCUUGUUUUCUACGCUUUGCAGAUUGGCCUCUUCCAUAUGGACUUUGAUCUCAUCUCAAAGUCCAUCGACAAGGCCAAAAUCUUGUUUGAGGCGGGUGGUGACUGGGAGAGGAAGCAACGGCCGCCGCAGAUGUUCUACCUCGAUUCUCCCCCGAUACCUUUUGCCGAUCCGCCAUAAUCUGUGGCAAAGGUGGCUCCGUCGACAAGGAUCAGGCGAUUGAGUACAUGAAGCUGGCGGUCGAGAAGAACCCAAGGCCCGCAUCGAGGAGACCAAGAGCAAAUGGGAUGCGUUCAAGACUUCAAGCGGAUCAAGAAGAUUCGUGUGUUUGGAUGGGGCUUGCAGGUAAUAAAGGAUUCGGUAAUACAUGAUCGUAUAGGAGCAAUCGAUCCUGAGACGGCAGCGGCGGCAGCAGCACCCAUGCAAGUUCAGCAGGACAACGAAAAUCCUAAAUCUGGGUGCUAUCUGGUAAAUCAUACAUGGUCUACUCAAGGGAAGCUUGGAUCCAAUUCCUACACCAUGAGAAGCUAUUUCUAUUGAUGGCAAAGGAAAGUAUGUACCUUUUGGAAGUACAAAAUAAUCUCAAGAUCUCACCUUUUUUCCUUUUCUUUUGCUAUAUGUAGAGAUUACAUGGUACUUCUCCAAGGUGAGUAGCAAACAUGUCUUCUGGCUUCUUGAUCCCAAACCUUGCACAAGUGUAAUAAAGCAUAACUCUGGUCUAAUGGCUCACCUUAAUCUCCCUGUUGGUCUGAACUGGCAUAGCAUUCUGAUUGAUUGAAGAUGCACAAUAAGUUUUGAUGCCAAGCUAUUUCUCGUACUGCAAAGGUUCCGCAUCAUCACACCAAACCUGUAGGAAUCACCAGCCUUCCCUGAGCGUCGCCGUUGACUACGUCUGAGUUGUCACACCUCCAACUUCCGCGGCAAUGACAUGUUUGUAGUAUCCGGGAUAUACAUCACAGUGUUUGAAUGCGCAAUGAUAAAUGGAUCUUGGUCAUCAGCGAUUGGCUCGGCAGAUCAUGGCCAAAAUUGAUUUUAUCCUUAGCCUGCUUUUGAAGAACCACCCCACUAUAUGUUACAUUAUUAUUAUGGGAAUUUGGAUUAUCAUGUGUUUCUUAAACAGGCUAACCUAAUCUAUUAUGUACAAAUGUUUAUCUCUCAACAAUAAUUUGUUUGUAUACAUGAGACAUAUUUGUUGUGUGGUAUGGUAUUUGCAGCACUAAAAUACUUAUGGUUCUUUUAUUUCCAAAGAAAAGGGCACUUGAGGUAAUUUGUAUUUGUAGGAGUGGAGGUGUGGGGGCAUGCAAGCAAGAAUAAGAAACAUCACACUCUAUAUUACCCGUUCAAGUUCAUAUUUAAUCGCCAAAGCUUAGGUUUUCUUAAACCUACAUGAAACGAUAUGUGUAUAAUAUUUUUAUAUAACAAGGUACUGAUACAAUUGGAUCUCUUCACAUGAUGAAAUGGAGAUGCCAAACCAAUUUUUUUUACAUAACUAAUAAACGGGUACUGCAAUCUAGCUGUUACAGAUGCCGCAAAAGGUCUAUUCGCAAACAUGUAAAUCUGAAGGCAUGUUUCCCAAUGUGAUAAUUGGGAGCCUGUUUGAAGGAGAUGAUGUGACCAAAGUUGCUGUAUAUUCUGAACACAUGUUGCUUAGUGAGUAAUUUCCUUGCAUGGAGCUUACUGGUUGAUAAAUAUGUGCAGAUUAUCUUGACGACUGGUCAAAGGCUUUGCGGAAGCAAUUUCUUAUCCAUGAAUAUAAUAUAUUUGGUUAGCAGGAUGAUGAAGGCAUGGAACUUGUCACAUAAAGUUGCAUGUGGUGCGUGAUUGGAUGGCGUGUACACAAGGUGAUGGAAGAUGAUGAAGUGAGUAUAGGCAAUUAUUUGGUCCGCUUUGCCAAAUUAUCACCUGGCAGACAUUUUCCAAAAACAAUCUGCCAUGUACUGAGAGCUUGUGUUCUAAUAAACUGAUGUAUGCUCUCAGAUGAUGUAGAAUACUGCUCAUUUCUCUUUAUUUUACAUGUUCUCUAUACAUGUAGUAAUUGAUAUGGAAUAUUGCACA